CCUCAUUUCAGUCUGCAGGUGGAGAUAUGCAUGCUGUCAGGGACUUUCUCCAAGACGCGAUGGUGUCACAGAACUCAUUUACCAUCUACCGGUCGGUGGAAGAGGACGAGGCCGAGCUGCAUGUAGAGGACACCCCUGGGGCCAUGAGGAAGCCGGUUUCGAGGACCUCCAAGCUCUGGGACCUCCCAACGUGGCAGAAAAUCGCCAUCGCCGUCAUCGUCACGGCAAGCAUCGCUUUUAUCCUGGGAUUCCUGGCCACACGCAGACCAUGUGCCGCAUGCGUGACUGACGGAGACCAGAAUGAAGAGAUACCUGAAGACUUCCUGGAGCAGGAAACACUGACAAUGGAUUGG